CAACAGCAAGCAUUAGCUCAGCACAGAGAGAGGGAUUGGGAUCCAGAGAGGGAGGGAAGGAAGGAAGGAAAGAGAGAUACAAGCUAAACAGGUGGUCUGAAAAAUCUUGAAAACAAUGUUCUGCAGGGAGAAGCAGAGCGACGUUUAGUCCUCCAUUUCCCCCCAGAGAGGAACCGGGAUAACCUCGGACAACAACAACAAAAAGCCCCUCCAUGCUCCUGCCUGCUUCCCAUUCGCAUUUGUCCUCCUCGUCUCGGCUUUGCUCCGAACCUGGGGAAGUCCUGGGAUCCUGAGCCAUGAAAGUGACCGUGUGCUUCGGCAAGACCCGGGUGGUGGUUCCGUGCGGGGAUGGUAACCUGAAGGUCCACGCGCUCAUCCAGCAGGCUGUCAUGCGCUACAAGAAGGCUAUCGCUAAGGAUGCAAACUACUGGUUGCAAGUCCAUCGACUUGAGCAUGGUGACGGUGGGAUCCUAGACUUGGAUGAUGUGCUUUGCGACGUGGCCGACGACAAAGACAGACUGAUAGCCAUCUAUGAGGAGCAGGAGCCCCAUCAUGGAGGUGACGGCACCAGCGCCAGCUCCACGGGGACGCAGAGUCCAGACCUGUUUGCCGCCGACCUCGGUGCCGGCAGCGGGACCUCCUCAGCUUUUCAGCCCUAUCAGAACGCCAGCGAGAUCGAAGUGACGCCUUCAGCCCUGCGCACCAAUAUGCCUCUCCACGUCCGGCGCAGCAGCGACCCUGCCCUGAUCACCAUCAACGGGCCGUUCAGCGCCUUGGAAUCACGAGUCCAAGCUGAAGAGACUCCAUCCAGAAAGAACCCGACUCGCUGGUCCACCACUGCAGGCUUCCUGAAGGCUCGCCAUUACUCAGGCACAAGCAGCCUGGAGAGGAAGAGCAAAGGUUUAGACACGUACCGCAGCUUGCCGCGGGAUGCUGGGACCUGGUCGAAUCAGCGUGAGUUUCAGAGAGACACGGCCAGGUCAUCGCUCAGUGCCAAUCACCCCAUGGUGGACCGCUGGCUGGAAAAACAAGAGCAGGAGGAGGAGACCAGGGAGAAUGAGAACGGGCGAAUCGAGCCGGUUGGCCGAGCAGACUCCUGCAUGGAGCACACUCCUGUCUCGUCUUUAGAAGACAUUGUCAAAGUGGUGGAGGUGUCAAACGACGGCGGGCCCCUGGGGAUCCACGUGGUGCCUUUCAGUGGCAGGGACCGCAGGACUCUUGGCUUGUUGGUCAAGCGUCUGGAGAGGGGAGGGAAGGCUGAACACCAGGGCCUUUUCCAGGAGAACGACUGCAUCAUUCGUAUUAAUAACGGAGAUCUGAGAAACAUCCGAUUCGAACAAGCACAGAAUAUGUUCCGCCAGGCCAUGCGUUCUCCUGUGAUCAUGUUCCACGUGGUCCCGUCCUCCCUGAGGGCCCACUACGAGCAGCUCUCACACGCAGAGAGGAACCCUUCUUUCCAUUCUGGACGCUUUAGUCCAGACUCCCUAUCAGGAGUCGACCACAGCUCACAGAGGAUAACACGCCACGGUUCCCAAACCCACCCUCAUCCUGCCACCCACACCCACCCAGACCCAAACAAUGGGUAUCCACAUUUGACCCACCCUGCUGUCUCCGCUGCCAAACCUCCCACAGGCCACACCCACUCACCUCAGAGGGCGCUGACCUCCACACCAACGACGGGAUAUAUGAAAAAAGUGGGGAGGAGGCUCAACAUUCAGCUUAAGAAAGGCCCUGAAGGACUCGGCUUCAGCAUAACCUCACGUGACGUUCCCAUCGGGGGUUCUGCUCCAAUCUACGUCAAGAACAUACUUCCUCGCGGAGCCGCCAUCCAAGAUGGCCGGCUUAAGGCGGGAGACCGGCUGCUGGAGGUAAAUGGGGUGGACCUGAAUGGACGGACCCAGGAGGAGGUGGUGUCGUUGCUCAGGAACACGCCUAUGGGUGGGGCAGUGGGGCUGCUGGUUCUACGCCAGGAGGACGCUUUCCUUCCCCGUGAAGUGAGUGCUGAACCCCAGAAGCAGACCCACAGAGACUUGAAAACGGAUGAGGAUGAGUUGGUUCUGACUCCCGAUGGGACCAGAGAGUUCCUGACCUUUGAGAUCCCACUCAGUGACUCGGGCUCAGCGGGUUUAGGUGUCAGUGUUAAAGGCAACCGCUCCAAGGAAAAUCAUGCAGAUCUUGGCAUUUUUGUCAAAUCAAUCAUAAAUGGUGGAGCAGCAUGCAAGGAUGGACGUUUGAUCGUAAACGACCAGCUGAUCGCUGUGAAUGGAGAAUCGCUGUUGGGAAAAACCAACCAAGAUGCCAUGGAGACGCUGCGGAAGUCCAUGUCAACUGAAGGCAACAAACGAGGGAUGAUCCAGCUUAUAGUGGCCAGACGAGUUGCCAAGAGAAAUGAGGAGACUUCAGGGAGCCAACUGGGACCUCAGCAGACGGCAAACACAACUCUGGACGAUCACGAGCGCAGAAUCUCCCACUCUCUCUAUGGAGGCCUGGAAGGCCUGGAUGACAACUUGAUGCCACGCCAAGGAAUGUUUCCACGCACAAUAGGAAAUUAUCAGCUCUCUCCCACCGUCAACAUGCCGCAGGAUGACACGGUGAUCAUCGAGGACGACCGGCCGCCGCUCCUCCCGUCAAACCUCUCUGACCAGUCUUCAUCCAGCUCUCAUGAUGAUAUGGGAUUUGCAGCUGAUGUGACUCCGCCCUGGGCCAAAGAGCUGCCUGCUCAGAAUGAAAGCCCGAUGAGUCCAGAUGAAAACGAUCCAGACGUUGCUUUCCAAAGGGAAGGAUUUGGACGACAGAGCAUGUCGGAGAAACGCACCAAGCAGUUCGGAGAUGCCGCUCAGCUGGAGAUCAUCAAGACACGCAAGUCCAAGAGCAUGGAUCUAGUGGAGGAGGACACAGAGGAGAGUUCACGAUCGGGGAGGGACUCUGUUUCCACUGUGGCAGACCAGACCCCGUUGUCCCCAGGCCCAGAAAAGCCGCUGGUCAAUGGCACCAACCGCAGCAAGGAGGAGAAGAAGAAGGACAAAGACAAAACAGGGAAGGAGAAGAAGAAGCAGGACGGAGGAAAGGAGAAGGAAAAAGGAAAACCAAAGAAAGGAAUGUUGAAGGGACUCGGAGAGAUGUUCAGAUUUGGGAAGUAUCGCAAAGAUGAGCGGCCUGCAGAGAAGAUGGAUCGGAAAGGAUCGAGUAAGUGGAGACCAGAGGAAACACAGGUUUCUGAUGAAGAAACGAUGAAGAUGAGGAUGGAGCAAGAGAGGAUUCAAGCCAAGACGAGGGAGCUGAGGGAACGCCAGGCUCGGGAACGGGACUACGCAGAGAUCUUGGACGUCGGCCGCACAUUAGACAGAUCCUCUGAGGAGGAUCAUACGUACUCCGGCGUCAACCCUCUGAACUUCUCCGUGGACAGCAGCCAUAGCCGGGCCCACAGCCCCCGAGACGAUUACCCCGACGUUCAUCACCAGCACCAGCUCUCUGACUCCCUCUGCUCACCAGGCAGCAGGGCCCGAAACGAGCGGCCUCCAUCCACAGACAGUAACCGGCUAACUCCCAGCAACCAUGACCGGAUACAGAGGCUGAGGCAGGAGUUCCAGCAGGCCCAGAACGUUCCAGAAGACCCGGAUGAUCGCAGGAGGACCUACAGCUUCGAGCAGUCCUGGUCAAAUACCAGCAGCAACGGUCCAGCGGGGUACAGUCAGCCGGGUCGCCACUCUGUGUCUGUGGAGGUCCAGAUGCAGCGGCAGAGGCAGGAGGAGAGGGACUCCUUCGCCCAGGCGCAGCGGCAGUACAGCUCCCUGCCUCGACAGACCAGGAAGAACCCCAGCACCGUCUCUCAGGAUUCCUGGGACAAGGCGUACCCACCAGGAGACGUCUUCCAAACCGCCAAGGACAACCCCAGGUACUCCAGCUACCAAGGCUCCCGGAACGGCUAUCCUGGCAGCAGCGGCGGAGGAGGAGUUAAUGCCAGAGUCCUCCUGGAGGCUCAGGAGCUGUUGAGGCAGGAGCAGAGGCGCAGGGAACAGGAAGCCAAAGGAAAAAGGAUGCAGGAGAGCAGUGGGAACAGCGGGUAUGAGGGGUACAUCCCCCGCCUGAAGGAGCCAGGGUCCCCAAAGGGCCCGUACCGACACGACGUCCCGCCUUCACCAUCACAGUUGGCUCGGCUGAACAGGCUGGGGUCAGAAAAGGGACGACUUUUUUAUUCCUGAGGAAAUUAGCAGGCUGAAGACGGAGGUUUCAAAUCUGAACACAGACUCUUUAGAGGUCUUAUAGCUUAGCGACGAUCUUAACGGUAUGUGGGUGUUUGAUGACCUGUACCAAUUAUCAGUCACCCUCCUACAACCUCGAGACGCCCAGUGCCUUCUCCACCCUCGUCCAGGACUCUGACUCAGAGACCCGGUGCUGUGACGGACCGACAAUCAGGCGAAGGAGUGGGUUCCUAUCUGAACCCACGGUGAGGCGGAGGUUUACAAGUGGCGUUCCAGUGACUCGACCCACCUGGCAUCUUUUCGGUGUAGCCCGGCCCUUUCAGAGAGCCGACGCCAUUUCUCCCUCUGAAGGAGUGAAAAUGAGGCAACAUGGAAAGAAAAAGCAGGCCACAGGGUGUGUGUGUGUGUUAUUAAUAAAAACCCUCCUCAUAAAUGA